GAGAGAGAGAGCGAGAGAGAGAAGGGUAAAGAGAGAAGGGAAAGAGAGAAGGGGAAAGAGAGAGAGGAAAGGAGUAAGGUUGGUCCAGGUGAUUGCGUCCUUUCAAACCUCCAAGGAGCUGCSGUGUAGGAUCAGUGUGCACAGGAAGGAUCAGAGUUCCGACCAGACCAUGGUGGUGCCAGCCCGCUGCCCGGGCCCCUGUGCCAUGCUGGCGCUCAGCCUCCUAAUGGGAUACGGCGUGGUGUACUGCGUCGCCGGCCAGAAUGACACGGAACCCAUCGUACUGGAGGGGAAAUGCCUGGUGGUCUGCGACUCCAACCCUUCCUCGGACGGCGGGGUGACCUCUUCGCUCGGGAUAUCCGUCCGGUCCGCGGGCGCCAAGGUGGCUUUCUCUGCUGUGCGCGGAACGAAUCACGAGCCCUCCGACAUGAGCAACACGUCUAUGACCAUCUACUUUGACCAGGCUUUAGUGAACAUCGGCAACCAUUUCGAUCUCAAAGCGAGUGUCUUCCAGGCGCCAAGGAGGGGAAUAUACAGCUUCGGCUUUCAUGUGGUCAAGGUUUACAACAGACAAACCAUACAGGUCAACCUGAUGCAGAACGACUACCCGGUCAUAUCAGCUUUCGCCGGUGACCAGGACGUUACGCGGGAGGCCGCGAGCAACGGCGUUCUUCUGCAACUGGAGCGCGAGGACCGGGUGUAUCUGAAGCUGGAACGGGGCACACUCAUGGGCGGCUGGAAAUAUUCCACUUUCUCAGGCUUCCUAGUCUUUCCACUAUAAUUUAAUAUGCGAUCACGGAAAUCGCAAACGUGACUCCUCCACGGUUGAGGAAUGAUAAAGACAAAAAUGUGGUAUUUUAUUUGAACUAAACUGUCAGAGGAGGAAGAAGACAGACACAUAUGUGUACAUACACACACUAUACAGUAUCUAUUUAAUUCAAACAUGAACGUUUCCUUGGAGUUCAUACAUCCAAAUCCAUCGACCAAACCCAAUCUGGAAGGAUAACCGAAUCGAUCGCUCCGUGAUGUAUAGGCAACCACUUGUCGAUUAUUUGGAUUUUAUCACUUGGGAAUCAAUUAACUUUUGUCAACAGACAGACGAGUCAGUGUACCUCUGUGUACCCGGACUACUGAACAGAUGAGAAGAAGGUUAUAUGAAUCGAAGAACUUAAAGUCCCGAGCUAGUCUACAUGUAUUUUCCAAUGCUCUAUUUUGUGUUUGUAUAGCCUUUGGCAUAGAACUAGGGUUUCCGUCAAGUGAGGUGUGUGGAAUUAUAACGGACGUCCAAGAGAAGAAGAGUGSUUUCACACCCAAAGCAUUUUUUGCACGAACGGAAGAAUGUUUUUGUUUUGUGCUGUCUAUGGUGUUCCAUUUUGGAUGCUGAACAUAUUGAAAACAAGCCAACUGUAGGCUGCCUAACUAUCCAGAGAUGACAUAAAAAGAGAAAAAAGGCAACAUAUUUCAGCCAAUGGAGACAUCUAUAGAAACUCUUUUACAAAAAAACAUUUAUCGAAUUUAUAAAGUACAUAUUCACAUUAUGGUGUGUUCUACUCUACAUUUCGAAUCUGCGUAGCUUUGACUGAUUUAGUGUCCAGUGACGUUGCUCACAAAUGUACAUUGUGAAAAUAACAACAGAAAAAAAUCCCUAUAUAUGAUGUCCCGCCUAAUAAAAAAUAUUGUAUUGUA